GAAUUCAAUCAUAUAUAGUAAUCUGAGUUCUGAAUGUUUAAGAGUGAGUGAGAAGAAGAGAAUAACGUAGCAGCAGUAGAAACUAAAAAGAAAUUAGAAUGGCGAACAGUUUUCUUCCUCUUGAAGCUAACCCCGACGUCAUGAACAAGGUCCUUCGGGGUCUUGGCCUUCCAAUGGAGGAGGCAGAGUGCUGUGAUGUUUUUGGCUUGGAUGAAGAGCUUCUGGAAAUGGUCCCGAAGCCAGUUCUUGCCGUGCUUUUUCUUUAUCCCAUUACCGCAAAGUCUGAAGAAGAAAGGUUGCAACAGGAAAAUGAAAAAAAGGAUUAUAGCAGUAAAGUGUACUUUAUGAAGCAAACCGUGGGUAAUGCUUGUGGUUUGAUAGGUCUGCUUCAUGCACUUGGGAACAUAACUUCCGAAGUCAAGCUUGUUGAAGGGUCAUUUUUUGACGAGUUCUUUAAAUCUACUGCCAGCAUGGAUCCAUUGCAGCGGGCUGCCUUUCUGGUGAAUGACAGGGACAUGGAAGUUGCUCAUUCAGUAGCAGCCACUGAUGGCGAUACAGUGGCAUCAGAUAAUGAGGACCCUCAUUUCAUCUGCUUUGCCUGUGUAGAAGGUCAACUGUAUGAGCUUGAUGGAAGAAAGUCAGGACCAAUAUCUCAUGGUGUAUCAUCACCAAGUACUUUAUUGAGGGUAAAUUUCUUUCGAUGUUAGGACUAUACUUUUAUUGAUGCUUAAAAACAAGUAUUUAGCGAAAGGAACUGAUUUAGUUUGCAAAUUCUAGUAAUUCUGUUGUUACUUUGAAUUUUAAAUGAUGGAUGAAGAAACAAGCAAAUUAUAGGUAAGUGGCUCUGGCAUUUGGAGCACCCACCUCUUAUGAGAAAAUUUACAGAUAGCUAGUGAUUUAAAUUUGAGUUUGUAAAGUUAGUGAACAAAGAGGCUUCAGAAAGAAAUCGUAUUUGCUAUUUUGGGAAUACCUAUUUUACACGAAAUAGGCUAAAGCUACGCA